AACCAAAAUUUCAACUCAAUUCUGGAUGGAUUAUUCAUUUUUCUUGUGAGCCAGCCUAACUACCGUGCUAGCCGCCUGCGGUCAGCCUCAAACAAGUACGUUCUAUUUUACAACACGGGUCCAGCCCAGGAGUGCACAUGGCGACUCGCAUUCAAGCAUAGGCCCGCCCAGUCGCCCACCCAUCCCAUGUGCUAUAACAUCACAUUCGGAAUUGGCAAUCCACAGGAAAAUUUUAUUAAGGGAGGAGGUAAAGAUGAUUCGCACAAAAAGGAAAGCGUAAUCAAGCAUGAUUCAAAUCAGCAGGAAAGUUUUUCUCUUCUCUCCCACCAAACAUUCCCCCAAGUCUUCACCAUGAAGCAAUCAAAUUCCAAUUCCCCCGAUGUUUUCAGAGCGCGCGGCCUCUGCCUCUGACUCUGACCUCAGAAUUUUGAGCAAUAUGAGCUCUGCUCUCCAUUGCUGUUUAAUUUUCCUCUGUUUUGCUCUGCUCUCCUCGUCAGUUCGCGUCGCCGGCGCCGGCGCCGGCAUCGCCAUAACUGCAGCUCAGCCACUAGCCGACGGCAACACCAUCGUCUCCACCGGCGGGGUGUUCGAGUUGGGGUUCUUCGGUCCCAACUCCUCCAAGAACCGCUACUUGGGAAUAUGGUACAAGAACAUUCCCGACUCCCCUGUUGUUUGGGUCGCGAACAGGGACAACCCGUUAACGGAUUCAUCAGGAGUUCUCAAAAUCGGCGACGGGGGAAAUUUGGUUCUUCUCGAUCGGUCCGGUAAGCCCAUUUGGUCGUCGUCGAAUCAAUCGCACGCAGAAGAUAACCCAGUUGCUCUGCUCUUGGAUUCGGGAAACUUCAUCCUCAGAGGAAACGAGUCAAAUGAUCCGGAAAACCACAUAUGGCAAAGCUUUGAUUACCCCACUGACACAUUAUUACCGGGAAUGAAGCUAGGAUGGGACUCAAAAUCGGGUUUUGACAGGUUCUUGACGUCGUGGAAGACCUCCGACGACCCGUCCUCCGGCGAUUACAGCUUCAAGCUCGACCGGCGCGGAUUCCCUGAAAUUUUUCUGUGGAACGACGGCGUGCGGGUGUACCGGAGCGGACCGUGGAACGGCCUGAGAUUCAGCGGCGUACCGGAGAUGAAGCCCUCAGUCGUCUUCAAUUUCACUUUCGCUGUGAGCCCAAACGAGGUCUAUUACUCGUUUGGGCUAAUCGACAAAUCGUUAAUCUCGAGAUUGGUGGUGAACUAUUCUGGGCUUCUUCAGCGAUUCACUUGGAUUGAAAACAGCAAACAGUGGAACAUCUACUGGUACGCUCCCAAGGACCAAUGCGACAGCUACAGGGAGUGCGGCCCGUACGGCAUCUGCGACACGAACGCGUCGCCGGUGUGCAAGUGCGCCGAUGCGUUCAGGCCGGUGAACCCUCAGGCGUGGUUUUUACGAGAUGGGUCCGGCGGGUGCGUUCGGAAGACGGAGCUGGAUUGCCGGAGCGACGGGUUUUUGCCGGUGAGGGACGCGAAAUUGCCGGAGACUUCGAGCUCCUUUGUAAACAGGACCAUGAAUCUCGCACCGUGCGAAGAAAUGUGCCGGAAAAACUGUUCUUGCACAGCUUAUGCAAACUCCGACAUUGCCGGAGGUGGCUCCGGUUGCGUGAUUUGGUCCGGCGACUUGAUGGAUAUGCGGCAAUAUGCAGAAGGGGGUCAAGAUCUCUACAUUAGAUUAGCAGCUUCUGAUAUGGCAGCCGGGAGGAGCAUAAAUUCACAAAGUGGUUCCAACAACUCAAGGCAAUAUAUCAAGAUUGUAGGCAUCACAGUGGGUACUAGUAUUCUGCUACUUGCACUAGGCAUCAUUCUUGUAUGGAGGACCUGGAGGUUGAAAAGAAUGUGCAACAGAAGGCUAGACGAAAGAGGACCGAGUGAAAGAAGCCAAGAUAUUCUGCUUAGUGAUUCGGGUUUUCGAAGUAAGAGAGAUUACACCGAUGAAAGUACAUCGCAUGAGCUAGAGUUGCCAUUGUUUGAUUUUAGCACCAUUGUAAUAGCAACAAACAAUUUUUCUGAAGCAAAUAAACUAGGACAAGGUGGCUUUGGCAGUGUUUAUAAGGGUAUGUUGAUUGAAGGACAAGAAGUAGCAGUGAAGAGGCUCUCGAAGAGUUCAGGGCAAGGAAUAGAAGAAUUCAAAAACGAGGUUCGGCUAAUUGCAAGGCUUCAACACAGGAACCUUGUUAGACUUCUUGGUUGCUGCAUUGAGAUGGAAGAAAAGAUGCUGGUUUAUGAGUACAUGCAGCACAGAAGCUUGGACUCCUUUAUAUUCAAUGCGGAGAAAAGUUCCCUGCUGGACUGGCAAAGGCGCUUCAACAUCAUAUGUGGGAUUGCUCGUGGGCUUCUUUAUCUUCACCAGGAUUCCAGAUUCCGAAUUAUCCAUAGGGAUCUCAAAGCAAGCAACAUUCUACUUGAUGGCCAAAUGAACCCAAAAAUAUCGGACUUUGGCAUGGCCAGAAUUUUUGGAGGAGAUCAGACUGAGGCAAAUACAAAGAGAGUAGUUGGAACAUAUGGUUAUAUGUCUCCCGAAUAUGCAAUGGACGGGCUCUUCUCUGUGAAAUCUGAUGUCUUUAGCUUUGGUGUUCUGGUGCUGGAGAUAGUAAGUGGUAAGAAGAACAGGGGAUUUUAUUAUUCGAACAAUGAGCAUAACCUUCUUGGUCAUGUAUGGAGGAUGUGGCUAGACGAUAGGGGAAUCGAGCUGAUUGAUUCCUCAGUGGGCGAUUCAUAUUCACCGCAGGAAGUAUUGAAAUGCAUGCAGGUUGGGCUCUUAUGCGUCCAAGAGCGAGCAGAAGAUAGACCAACCAUGUCAUCCGUGGUGUUGAUGUUGAGCAGCGAAACUGCAAGGCUGCACCAGCCUAAACACCCUGGCUUCUGCCUGGGAAGGAAUCCUAUGGAAACAGAUUCCUCUUCAAGCAAGCAAGAUGAAUCAUUCACCAUAAACCAAGUUACGGUUACAACGUUAGAUGCCCGGUAGAUCAAGGUUUUACUGCAUUUGAUAGAAUUGUAUAGCACGAGAGCUUUCAAAAUCUUGUCUAUUUCUUUCCUUUAUACAUAGUAAUGUAGUUCAAUUUUGUGAGUGAAUUUCAUUAUUUCUUUCUCUUUUUUUUUUUUUUUUUGCUUUCUCUAAAGUUGUUUGAUGUAAGAGAUGGCAUUCUCAAAAUUUAAGAGCGUAGUGGAUAUAAGAAACUUCUUUUUCUUUUU